AUGUUCGUUUACUUGAUAUUUAUCGCUUCGUUUUUCUUAUUAAUUCAUUUAGCUUUCAAUUAUAAUUCGAAAGCUGUGAUGAUGAAUAAAGUUCCUGGUCCAAAGUUGUCGUUCAUUCUCGGGAAUGCACCAGAGAUAAUGAUGUUGUCAUCAGUUGAGUUAAUGAAACUGGCCAGGAAAUUCGCAAGUCGCUGGGAUGGAAUAUAUAGGAUUUGGGCGUUUCCUUUGUCCAUUAUAAAUAUAUACAAUCCGGAUGACGUAGAGGUGAUAGUUUCGACCACAAAACACAACGAAAAGAGUUCUGUGUAUAAAUUUUUGAAGCCGUGGCUUGGGGAUGGAUUGCUAAUAAGUAAAGGAGAAAAAUGGCAGCAAAGAAGAAAAAUCCUUACGCCCGCUUUCCACUUCAAUAUCUUGCGACAGUUCAGUGUCAUAAUUGAAGAAAAUUCUCAACGUUUGGUGGAAUCAUUGGAGAAAUGCAUCGGAAAACCUAUAGACAUAGUACCUGUAGUAUCAGAGUAUACACUGAAUUCCAUUUGUGAGACCUCAAUGGGCACUCAACUAAGCGACAAAACAGAAGAUGCGUGGAAGGCAUACAAGGACGCCAUAUAUGAGCUCGGACCGUACUUCUUUCAAAGAUUCACUAGGGUUUAUUUAUAUUUUGACAUUAUCUUCUAUUUAACAUCUUUAUGGAGAAAAAUGAAAAAACCUUUAAAGUCACUCCACGGAUUUACUUCUACCGUUAUAAAAGAAAGGAAAAUUUACGUUGAACAAAAUGGUGUUAAAUUCGGCGAGGACGUCAACGAUGAUGACCUUUACAUAUACAAAAAGAGGAGAAAAACUGCCAUGCUGGAUUUACUGAUAGCUGCGCAAAAAGACGGAGAGAUCGACGAUCACGGAAUACAGGAAGAAGUGGACACUUUUAUGUUCGAAGGUCACGAUACCACUGCGUCUGGAUUGACAUUUUGUUUUAUGCUACUCGCCAAUCACAGAGCAGUUCAGGAUAAGAUUGUGGAAGAAAUAAAUGAUAUUAUGGGAGAUUCAACUCGACGCGCGAACUUGGAGGACUUGUCCAAGAUGAAGUACUUGGAAUGUUGCAUUAAGGAGUCUUUAAGACUAUAUCCACCUGUGCAUUUUAUUAGCCGUAACUUAAACGAGCCUGUUGUUUUAAGUAACUAUGAAAUACCCGCCGGUUCGUUCUGCCACAUUCACAUCUUCGACCUUCAUCGACGCGCCGACAUAUACGAAGAUCCACUAGUCUACGAUCCAGAUCGGUUCUCUCAAGAAAACAGCAAAGGACGACAUCCGUACGCAUACAUACCAUUCAGUGCUGGACCGAGAAAUUGCAUUGGUCAAAAAUUCGCCAUGAUAGAAAUGAAAUCUGCCGUUGCUGAAGUACUGCGAAAAUACGAACUUGUGCCGGUAACGCGUCCUUCAGAAAUUGAACUUAUUGCCGACAUCAUACUGAGGAACUCUGGCCCGGUUGAGAUUACAUUUAAUAAAAGGACCAAAUAA